CUGUCUGUCUAGUAAUUGGACAAUUUUACUUCUUGUCUUGGGAAGGUUAGGUGGAUUUGUUGUAAUUUUGUAGUGGGUGUUUUUUACAUGUUUUGAUGACAACAGGUGGAUUCGAUAUUUUUUGCAACGUGAUUUUUGUGUAUAGCUAGUAUUUGUCAGCGAUAAAACGGCAAAAUGACUGCGUGGAUUUCUGUGGAUGACAGGAUAAAACGUGGACUGAAGAUAAUUGACCAAGUAGAAAACAGUAAGCUUCGUCUGCUUGUCAAUAGAAUUUGCCAGAGUCUGCAGUCUGGUGUCAGUGAAAACAUUUUCAAUGCAGAGGAAGAGGAGAAGCUUUUGGUUUCCUUGAGCUUGGAAAAGACUGAUCUCACUAUACUCUUACAAACUAUAACUUCUAUUUACACGCAAGCUGCCUUUCACCUUGUCAAACCGAAUGUGAUUGAAAUAUCAAUGAAGGAACUGUUUUCCAUCGGAGAUGACAAAGUUGCCAUUCUGUCUCAUGCAUGGAUUACUCAUGCCGAGGGAAUUGUCAAUGCAUUGAAACAAAAGUCCAUUUUUCCAAGACAGGUUACAGACGUGAGUUGGAGCGUAGAUGUCAAAGCAGCUUCAACAGCAGCAGCCAAGGAAGCAAAGCCAUUGGCAAAACUCCAAUUGAGUUUCGGGGGUUCUGAAAAUUCCAAACUUACUGUAGAAAUGAACAAGACUCAACUGUGGGAUCUUUAUCACAAAUUAGAUGACAUUCAGUCCCAGCUUGACUCGCUGAAAAAAGAAAAAUAACAAUUCGCCACCAAAGGACAAAGCUUCAUCGCUCUAAGUCUCCUUGGCGUUCUCGUAGCUCUUCGCCGGUGGCGUGUCGCCCCGUCUGCCAACUCGCUCGUACAGAUGAGGACUUCUAUUUGGUAGAACACUGCGGAUGCUCUCGGGAGCGGACAGGAAGUUCGGAUUAGCGUAGCUCAGGUCGAUCUUCGGCGGGCCGUGAGCGUAUCGCUCCGGAGCAGCAACUGCACCGCUAUCAAUGAUCCCGUUGCUGUUGGAGCCGUUCCUCUUUCUCUCUGAUGAGGGAAGCGUCUCGAGGAAGGCUGGUAUCUUGCGAGUGCAGAGACGAGUCUUGCAGACCACCACUACAACGACGAGGAUCAAGAGGAAGAGGACGGUCGAUGUAACCGCGCCUACCAGCCAGCCGAGCUGUUGAUCUGUGAAUAAUAAAGUAUGAAAGAUGUGAGAGGUUCGUUGGUGAAUCUCGUUGAACUGCAAUUUAUUUAACUUUAUUUAGAUAUAGAUAUUCAGUAUGCGUAAGGAUUUUGUAUCAUACUUGUUGGUAUUUUAAGAUAAUUAAUAAACACGAAUCGUUUACAAA